AUUCAAAAAUGCCACGACAAAAGGGUGCCAAUGAUGAACCCCCAAGUGAUGAUAUUGGUUGGAAAUUUGGAACUCAAGUUAAAGGCACUAGGCACCAUAUUAUUUGCAAAUUUUGUGGACAUCACAUUAAAGGUGAGAUUACGCGUUUCAAACAACAUUUAACACAUCAAACAGGACAAGUGCGUUCUUGUCCUAAUGUUAGUAGAGACGUGAUGCAAGAAAUGAUGAAACAUUUACAAAAUAAGAAAAUGAGUAAAGUAGACAAACAAAAGAGAAAAGCUGAAUUGGAAGCACAUAUUAGGGGAGAUGAUCUCUAUGAUGAAAAUGAAGAGGGAGAUUUUGUAGAUCUUCGAGAUGAUGACUCUGACUCUGAUCUAGAGAUGACCAGGGCUAGACAAGCAAGUAUUCGUUCACAACAACAAUGGGAGGAAAAGCAACAAUUUAGACGAGGUGUUGCAGGUCAUGGAUCACAAUACGAUGCAGGUGGUAGUUCUGGUGCAGGGGGUAGUGCCAAAAGGGUCAGGUAUUGCUAAUGUUUUUCGUCGAUCACAAUCUGUGCGUGAAACUGGUGGGAGUGGACGUAAUUGGAUUAAGCCCAAUGCUCCUGAAGCAAGGUUGAGGGCAAUGGAUGUAGAACUCCAAAAGAGCAAGAGUACAAAACAGCGAAAAAUCUCCACAAUGAAUUUACAGAAGCUAAAAGAGAGAUUGGGACGGGCAGUGUCCAAGUUUAUACUCUAUAAUCGUAUUCCAUUCAAUGCAGUUGAUUCAGAGUAUACACAACCCAUGCUUGAUGUUGCUGCUGAAGUAGGGCCAGGAGUAAAGGGUCCUAGUGCUUAUGAAGUUUCUGAAGUAUAUUUGGGCAUGGAGCAUGAUGAAAUGACAGAAUGGAUAGGAUCAUUCAAGGGAAUUUGGGCAGAGAGAGGUGUAUCCAUCAUGUGUGAUGGUUGGAGCAGUCUAACUCGGCAACACAUCAUCAACUUCUUAGUGUACUGCAAUAGAGGUACUAUAUUUCACAAAUCAAUUGAUGCCUCUAAUAUUGUUAGUAGGACUGCUGAAUAUUAUUUUGGGUUGUUAUAUAAAGUUGUUGAUGAAAUUGGAGAACAAUACGUUGUUCAAGUGGUAACUCAUAAUGAACCUGUACUGAAAGCAGCCGGUAAAAUGUUAAUGAGAAAAAGGAAACAUUUAUAUUGGACAGCUUGUUCAGCACAUUGUAUCGAUCUCAUGCUAAAAGACAUAGCCAAUAAGAAAAAUGUAGCAAAGGUGAUUGAAGAUGGUAAAACCAUCACCAAUUUCAUUUAUAAUAGUGGAUGGGUGUUGGAUUUAAUAAGAAAAUUCACUAGAGGUAGAGAAUUGAUUCGACCUGCCAUCACUCGAUUUGCUACAAAUUUUAUUGCCAUUGAGAGUAUUGUUAGAUAUAAACAACAAUUGAGAGCUAUGUUUAAUAGUGAUGAGUGGAAGAAUUCUAGAUGGGGGAAGGCAAAGACUGGGCAGCCUUACAAUGUGAAAAAAAUUAUUUUGGGAAAGGAGUUUUGGCAGAAAGCAACAGAGCUUUGUAAAGUUCAUGAGCCCCUAGUCAGAGUAUUGAGGUUGGUUGAUGGAGAUGAGAAGCCAACAAUGGGUUUCAUAUAUGAAACUAUAGAUAGAGCAAAGUUGGCAAUUAAAAGAGAUUGUCGCUACUACACCGAGUAUUGGAAAAUUAUUGAUACUCGAUGGUCUUUUCAAUUGCAUCAAGAUUUGCAUGCGGCUGGUAAGUGUUACGAUUUCAAUUAUAAAAUGUAUAUUUAUUUAAAAUUAUUAAUUGUCUUCUUAUUUUUGAAGGAUAUUUUUUAAAUCCUCAAUUCCAAUAUGGUG